UGUGAAUUUUCUGUUGAGCCAAACUUUAUCUUCUUCAACCACCCCACCUCUCUUUCUCUCCUUCUCUCCGUCCAAAAAUUGUUUGCAGAGACGGAGGAGAGUUGUAGAGAGAGAAGGAAGCCAUGGAAAGGCUCCUCUCCUCUUCGUCUCCAACCCCUUUGAAAUUCCAUUUCAAGCCCUCUCCUUUCCUCCCUCGACUCGGUCGUUUUGACUCUACCAAACUCAAUCUUUUCCCAUCUUCACGCCCCGAGUUAAGGCGGGUCACCUCGUUGCUCUGCAAAUCUGAAGGUUCAUCGCAGGCUUCUUUUCCAUCUUCUUCUUCUUCUUCGUCUUCGUUGUCGUCAUUCUCUACGCCGUCGAACAGUUUACCGGCUCUCUGUUUUUCGUCGUCUUCUUCUUCUUCUUCUCCUGACGCCUCGUCAAAUGGGUCGGUGCCCGAAUCGCGGAAUCUCAAACAGAUCUCAAAUGGGGCUUUUGGGAAGAACAAGGCCAUUUCUGUAGGGGCAUACAUUAUGCUUUCUGCGCUCAUUAUGGUCUUAAUUCAACCAAUUUUCGCACCUGCAGCUUUUGCAACAUUUCAAACUGCAGUUAAGACAGGUGCCCCUUCUGCUGCUGCCGCUGCAGUUGGGGGAACACUGAUUCGGACUGAACUACUGAGUAGUGCAUGGACUGGUUUCUUUGCUGGUUGCUUACACACUUUAUCAGGGCCUGACCAUCUUGCUGCUUUGGCCCCUCUUUCAAUUGGGCGUUCCUGGAUGGAAAGUGCAGCUGUUGGAGCCCUAUGGGGCUGUGGGCAUGAUGCUGGUCAGGUUAUUUUCGGAUUAAUAUUUCUGUUGCUCAAGGAUCGGCUUCAUAUUGAAGUUAUCCGAACUUGGGGGACAAGAGUAGUAGGCCUUACACUUCUUGUCAUCGGUGCUAUGGGCAUUAGAGAAGCUUCAGAAGUUCCUAGCCCAUGUGUUGCAUUAGAGAAUGGCGAGUGUGAUGUUGGUGUUUAUGAUGCACUUGAAAACCCCACACUUGGUAAGAAGAAGAUUGGUUUUGCUACUUUUGCCACCGGAAUUGUCCAUGGGCUACAGCCAGAUGCACUGAUGAUGGUCUUGCCUGCUCUUGCUUUACCUUCUCGCUUGGCUGGUGCUGCGUUUCUGAUAAUGUUUUUGGUUGGGACUGUGGUGGCAAUGGGAAGCUACACAGUAUUCAUAGGAUCAUGUAGUCAGGCAUUAAAGGAUAGGAUUCCCAGAAUUACUGAGAAACUGACAUGGGCGUCUUCCAUUGUAGCCAUUGCUCUUGGAUUAGCCAUCAUCAUCAGCCAGUUCUUUGGGUACAGCCUUUAUUGAUUUUUCUGACUGGUUUCUAGAUUCAUAUUUUGCGAGCUUCACCUGGAGUGUUGGAAAAGAGAUUUUAAAGAGGACCAUUCAAAUUGUUUAAAGCAAAACUUCAUCAGGGGCAUCAUCUUUUGUCAUUGAGAGUAAUCGAGUUUGCUUUCUUGCUUUACCUAAAAAGCUUACGAGUUUUAGUAUACAGAGGAAAGCCUUGUGCAUUUGUAAUUCUUUUAUGGUAGAGAUCGGAUUUCUUAAUCGCUUUUGCUUUACUUUUAUAUUAUAAUGUAAGAAACUUAGAAUGGUGCAAUUUAAAUCUUUUACCCUCUA